AUGACCGCUGGUUUCGAGCAUAAACGCACGGCUGCGUAUCAUCCAGCGUGCAAUGGCAUGGUGGAAAGAUUUCACCGUCAACUCAAAGCUGCCAUCGUUUGCCAUGCUAAUGACAGGUGGACGGAAUCUCUGCCAUGGGUUCUCCUAGGCAUUCGUAGUGCCUUCAAAGAGGAUCUUCAGUUCUUAUCUGCUGAGCUUGUUUACGGGGAGCCGUUAAGGUUACCGGGCGAAUUCUUCCAGCCUGCUGAUGGUGGUACAACGGAUCUCUCUGACUUCUCCGCUCGCCUUAAACAGAACGCUUCUCGUCACGCUAGCCCGAAAGUUUUUGUUUAUAAGGAACUAGCUACCACCGAUCACAUUUUCCUCCGCGAAGACGCAUCGCGUGAUUCUCUCCAUCCUGCAUAUUCAGGCCCCCAUAAGGUUUUGUCAAGGGAUGACAAAGUUUUCAAAAUACUUUUAAAGGGUAAAGAGAUCACGGUAUCAAUAGACCGCACUAAGCCGACCUUUAUACUGUCUGACCCUACAAAUUCUGAACCAGAACCUUUGCCAGAUGUUCAGAAACAGCAUACAACUCGUUCUGGACGUCGAGUUCAUUUUCCAGAUUUUUAUCGCCCUUGA